AUGCAUAUCGCACCAGCUGGUCUGGUGCGCGUUGCCAUAGCAUCUGGGCACGUUGAUCGUUUCUCGGAUUGGAUGGUAAAAGAUUUGAAAACUGGUGAAUGUUUUCGUGCCGAUCACUUGAUCAAAAAUUUUGCUGAAAAAGCAUGCCAAGAUAAAAAAACAAGCGCGACGAUGAAAGAUGAAUUGACGGAUAUUCUGGCAAAAUUAGAGGGUUUCAAUGAUGCUGACAUGCAUGAAGUGAUCACUAAGGUGCGCACUCUACUCAUUAUUUAUGAAAUUCCGAAAAUUUUUUCGUUCAGAUCAUUUUUUAUUGAGAGUUAUAUUUACAUCGAUAGGCAUUUUUCAAUUCGAGGAAUGUGCUAUGGAAAUAAAAAGUACAAUAUAAAAUCUCCAAUCACUGGCAAUGAUUUGUCGGAACCAGUUGCUUUUAACCUGAUGUUUCCAACGGUCAUCGGGCCAACUGGCGAUUUUAAAGCCUACCUACGACCGGAAACUGCCCAAGGAAUAUUUGUCAAUUUCAAACGUUUGCUGGAAUUUAAUCAGGUUAUUUUUUUUGGAUGA